CGUCCUUAAGUUUCUGCAACAGAAAAUAGUAAGACAAGUCUUAUGGACCGAUAGUCAGAUUGUCAUCGAAUGGUGUAAGUCUAACAAACUACUUCCUCCCUUCGUUGCCAGACGAGUAGAAGAAAUCAAGACAAACAAAGACCUGGAGAUAAGAUAUCUACCAUCAAGCUUGAACCCAGCAGAUGUAGGCACAAGACCCCUUCGUGCAGAGGAGGAUAAGGAGAAAUGGCUGAAUGGUCCGCAGUUUAUAACAGAAGAUCCACAGAAAUGGCCAACCACAUCCGGCAGUGAGCCAACCAGUUCUCUUCUGACAGGGGAGGGUCUUGGGUUCCAAGAAGACAUAGAGAUGGUCGAUAAAGAAGAUCCAGUUGUUAAUGUCAACCCGAUGAAAACGGAGGAAAUUAUAACACCAAAUGAAGUGAUAGGAAAUAAUCAGUCAACAGACGACAAGCUUCAUAAAUUAAAAGAAAUUCAAGCUAAAUAUUUUCCUCUAGAGGUAGAAGGAAAAGAAACCAAUCUAAGUCGAAACUUAGGAGUAUUCAAGGACAUUGAUGACCUAUUGAGAUGCAAAGGUCGUAUGAAAAACGCAAACUGGUCGUUCGACAAACGAUACCCUAUACUCAUACCAAAAGAGUCAGAUUUCACGAAGGAAAUUAUAAUGAAAACUCAUCAAGAGAACAAACAUGUAGGUGUCAGCCACACGCUUGAUAAAAUAAGAGAAAUGUAUUGGAUUCCUCAAGGAAGAAGUAAAGUCCAACGGAUAUUAAAGGGAUGCCCUGAAUGUAUGAAACAUGAUGGAGGACCUUAUAGACUACCAGAAACCCCUGCUCUUCCUAAAGAGAGAGUCAAUUACAGCUCUCCUUUUACGUACGUUGGAACAGUGUAAACAAACGUCACAUGAAGAAAGCGUAGAAGAAUCUGUACAGGUUCCUGACGUCCCACAUCCAACAAGAAGGGACGACGUGAUGAAAGAAUCCACUAACGACGUUCUUAAGACUUCUGAGCAGAAAUCUUAUCAAUUAACAGAAUUAAACGAGUCAGAAGAAAUACCGUCUGAUUCAGUCUUAUUAGAGCCUGCAUCUAGUCAGUUACACGAGCCUGAGCCUAAGUCCAUACCCGAACCAGACCCACUCGCAGUCAAAGACAUGACGUUCUGCGAGAACACUGAUCCUGAAACGCACCACCUAGAGAACAUCGCGUCGGCUGAACAUCACGACGAGUCCAGACCUAAGAGAGCAGCGGCGCUUCGUGCUCUUGAGAAGAUUAAGGAGUGGACCAGCAACUUAGUCGCAGUUUUGCUGCCUGUAGUGGGGAGUGUCGCGACCAACGCGAAACUAUAGAGCCCCAAGAAUAUUCCCCUGCGGCAACACUGGCGGCGCCCUCUGGGUGGAGCCAUAAUCACGGAGUGACAAUCAGCCGCCGUAACAUAAAAGCAAGCGAAGCAGAUCAGAGGCUCACCUGGCCCCGAGAAGGUUGGGACAGCGUGAGCGUGGAUGAGGAAUCAUCUAUAGAAAUGUCAGGUAUGUAUACCAUGCAUUCUGUUUGGUGGUCAGUAUAUAUAUUGACCACACACACACAAAUAAGUUGCCAUCCUUCUCCUUUACGGACUCGUAAAUGUACCGUAGGCGGCUAGGAGAGGGGUGGCGA